CAUCCUGAAGUGAAGUGAGAAACUGGCUGAAAAUGACUCCCCGGCGAGGACAGUCGAACCGCGCCUUCGAACUUCAGGAAAAAGACCGUGUGAACAUUCAAAUGGAUCAUCUCUCUGAGAAUGGUGAUGAUGAUGAGGAGGAGGAGGAUGCACUGAAAACAGCGAAGAGGCGAAGAAACAGUGUUUUGAUGGAUCUGGAGAAGUGGACUGAGCCGAUCCAUAGGUUCCUGAGGGACCACAAGGACAAGAUCUGGAUGACCAUAUAUCUGACUUUAGCGGCAGGAUUCAUCGCCAUAGUUAUCACAGCAUGUAUUUUGAACCUGGAGCGGGCGACCAUCCUGCUCGUCCUCACCUUGGUAGCCAUCUUCUUCUUAGCCUGGGAUUGGUCAAUGGAACGUUACGGCGCCAGGAUUUGGGAGAAACUGGAGCCCAUCAGAGACAUUUUCAACAGAAACUGGUUUUGGAUCAAAUGGUUGCUGUGUGUGCUGCUGAUCGUGGGCGUUGUGUGCUGGUUAGCUCUGGACACAGCUAAGCAAGGCAUCAGACCGAUGGUGUCCUUCUGUGGUCUGAUUUGCCUCAUCUUGUUCAUGAUGGUCUUCUCAAAACACCCGUUCAAGUGGUCUUGGCGAGCGCUGAUAUUUGGAGUGCUGCUGCAGUUUGUUUUUGGCCUGCUGAUCCUGAGGACAACGUCUGGUAUAGUUGCGCUGGAAUGGAUCGGUGAAAAAGCAGAGACAUUUCUCUCAUUUGCAGAUGUUGGAUCUGAAUUUGUGUUUGGAGCAAGUUACGCAGAUCACUUCAUAAUCUUCAAGGCGAUGCCUAUUCUGACAUUCAUCAGCUCUGUGAUCUCAGUCCUCUACCACAUCGGCUUCAUGCAGUGGCUCAUUUGGAAGAUUGGAUUCCUCAUGGCAGUUACCAUGGGAACGUCGCCUACAGAAUCAAUGGCGGCAGCUGGAAACAUAUUCUUGGGGCAGACCGAGUCCCCUCUGUUGAUCCGGCCGUACAUGCAUCAGCUGACUUGCUCUGAGAUCCACGCAGUGAUGACAGGAGGCUUCGCCAGCAUUGCUGGUUCCAUUCUCGGCGCUUUUAUCGCUUUUGGGGUGGAUGCGACACAUUUGUUGACAGCCUCCAUCAUGUCUGCUCCUGCCUCGCUGGCAGUCGCUAAAGUAUUUUGGCCAGAAACAGAGACUCCGGUUUAUGCAACAAGUCGCGAUCUUAAAAUGGACAAAGGUGAAUGCAACAACAUUCUGGAGGCGGCCUCGCAUGGUGCCAGCUCCUCUGUCAGCCUAAUCGCCUCCAUCGUGGUCAACCUCAUCGCCUUCAUUGCGAUCUUUGCCUUCGUGGACUCGGUUCUGUCCUGGCUGGGGGGGAUGCUGGACUACCCACAGCUCAGCUUUGCACUCAUCUGCUCCUACGUGUUCCGGCCUCUGGCAUUCAUGCUGGGAGUCUCCUGGGAGGACAGCGCCAUCGUGGCCGAGCUGAUCGGCACAAAGACCUUCAUCAAUGAGUUUGUGGCCUAUCAGAAGAUGUCGAUCUUGAUCAAAAACAGGAAGGCGGGUGGCCCUGAAUAUGUGGAGAACGUCAAGCAGUAUAUCUCUGUUCACUCUGAAACAAUAGCAACUUACGCUCUGUGCGGAUUCUCCAACUUUGCCUCCUUGGGAAUGUCAAUUGGAGUCAUUUCGGCCAUGGCUCCGGAGAGACGAGCGGACAUCUCCAGUUGCGGCUUGCGGUCCCUCAUCGCUGGCAGCGUGUCUUGCUUCAUGACAGCUUGUGUUGCAGGAAUGUUGUACAUUCCGAAAAUGAACUGUCCCCAGAUGUUGAUCUCCAUGUUCAACAGCAGCAACACCAGCGUCAGCACAGAGAUACUCACCUGCUGCACACAGCUGUAUGACAGUGUGAUCGUGUCCGAGCCGUGGGACAUAGUGAUUGGAGAGGGAUUUACUGACGCCAGCCUGAUGACCUGCUGCACACUCACACCCCCCACACACUUCAACUGUAGCUGGGGGCUUUGAAUCGCCGCACACAUCGGGGUAUUGGGAGGAUUUUAAUAAAGUCUCAAUUGUUUUAAACGUAGAUGUGAGGAGGAAAGGUCACAACUGCAGGUACAGUUUUAAAGCUGAACAUCAUGGAGCUUUUCUUGUUACUCUUACAUUAUGAGGGGCAUCAAAUAUAAAAAAAAAAAUCCAUGAUAUUAUUUAUACAUAAAUGAUAUUCUAUUAUUUGUUGUUGUUAUUGACAUCAUUCAAAAAAGGUAUAAUGGGGAAAACAGUGGGCUACUAUGUAUUUAGGCAUUCAAAUAUAUAGAAUGCACAGUAAAAGAAAAUGCUAUAAUAAUUGAUAUAUAUUCAUAUUACCUACAGUUGAAGGAUUCCCAGUUUGAAUUAAUAAAUGGUGAAAGACAAAUAGGUGUGCAAAAAAAAAGUCAAAAAAAUGAUAUAGCGAUAUUAUAAAAAUGAAAGAAGUAAUCCAGGGGUACAAUGAAUGUAUUUUAACAAUAUUAAUAAAACAAUGACUGAAUGAAACAAACACAACAAAAGAAGAGACAUGAAGUCUGUAUAAGGAGACUGAUUUGAAUUUCUAUAUCAUAAGAGUGAACUCGAAUCGAACCGGACAGUUUAAAUCAUUUGAAAACUGUCAGGAGACUGUACUAUGAAACACAUGUCGUGGCUGAGUUCCAGGCUGAGUAACCACAUGAGGGCUGGCAGCCAUACUACAUAUAUAGAUAUAUAGAUAUCUAUAUAUAUAUAUUUACUGUGCAUGAAAACCCGAAACAGAAGAAGAGCAACAAAGAAUAUUAGCUGCAGUAUUUUGAAUGAAUUGUAUUGGAAGGCUUGCAUGUCUGGUCAGGUGACCACUGGAUGUCACUGGUGUCUUCUGUAUGUGAGUUGAUCAGUCAUCCUUGAGACAGUGUCCUAUGAACGCCUGCCGCGGUUUGACUGACAGUUCAUCUGUCGUUAUUAAUACUAAUUACAGGUGGCAGUGUCAGACUCAUUCAGAGAAGGCGAUGAUCAUGGCAGAGGUGUGCAGUCACACACACACACA